AUGCAUCUCCUCUCUCUCCUUCCCUUCCUGGGCCUCGCCCUCGCGACCCCAUUACACCCACCUCCACCUCCGCCUCCACAUGCACCUCCUCCUCCUCCUCCGCCUCCCCAUCUCCACCCACACGCCCCAAAAAGUAACAUCAAAUGCCCCAUAAUCUUCGACGGCCGCAUCACCAAAAAUCUAACCCUCCAAUCCUUUGACACCGCCGCCGGCGCCACACCCUACAACCCAGACUACGUAAAAGGCGAAAACCGCACCUGGUCCUCCAUCCUCCUCUUCCCCUCCGCCAGAACCACUCUCCUAUCCCGCUUCGACAACCCCCUCCAGCACAAACCAGUCGAAGUAACAAUCGACGACGGCUCUCUCUUCCGCGCAGGCGAAAAUCUCCAAACGGGUUUCCGCCGCGCAGGCCUCUUGUUCAAAGACGACCAAAACGAUGCUGGCGCUGACGCCUCUGAUAACGGUAUCGUAACGUUCCAUUGGAGUAUUCGGCAAGAUGAACAUAGGCCGUUGAAUUUGAGUCAUGAGUAUAUGAAUGUGUGGCAUGAGAAGGGUGAUUACUCUGGUAACCAGUUCAUGUUUGUAGGGGGUGUUGUGUUGGUAGGUGAUGGCGGGACGGGAGUUGACACGAAAAAAGAGAGGGAGAUGUGGAAGGUGCAGGAUGCGAAGAAUGAGUUUGUGUACGAGACGAGGAUACUCAAGGGGGAGUGGCAGAAUUUUGGGGUACAGUUGGAUUACGUUAAAGACACGAUCAGGAUUUAUUACUCCGAGGGUGAUAAGCCGCUGAAGGCGGUUACGAAGGCUACGCCUAACAACAAUGCUGGCGGUGGACAAUUACAGAUUGGUAUUGCGAAGAAGCCGACGGAGACGGAGACGGUGGUUUAUGAUGGGUACCAAGAGCAUAUACCACUUCGUGGUGAAGGCCAGAUUUACGGCGGUAUCUUUGUCGAAGAUAGUUCGAGUGGGUGUGUCAGUGUUUGA